CUGAGUGCAAUUACCCUUCUAGCUGCCCACAAUCUCCUAGCCCUCCACUGGAAAUACACACUUUGCCCAACCAAAACCCCCGAUCAUCAACUCACCUCCACUAAGAUCACUAACACCCUCAAUGAGAUUGAGAUUCAAAACCCUGACAACCACCCCUAUGGUGACACAAGAACCAUCCUGGACAGGUCUGCAAGUUAA